AUGUCUUUCUUUUCCGUGGCCACCGUCCUCGGCCUCCUCGCGCGCAGCGCUUUGGCUGACGAUAGCCUGAUCGGCGGCUGCGAAUCCUAUGGCAAGGACUUCCAGGGAGGCGGCGAAUACUUCCAGAAUGUCAACUCCGCCGAUCCCUUCACCUUUGUCCAGGACUUCGAGGGCUGCCAGAAUGCCAACUCUACAAAUAUCCUGGUUGAUCCCAAUGGUGGCCAGUACACGUGCAGCAAUACCCCAAUGCAGCCUGACGAUACGGAUGAGAUGUCAACAUGCCCCUUGCUGAAGAACCAACUCUGGAGCGGUGCUUGGUCCCUCCUGAUUCUCAGCAACAACGGAGCCGAUGGCGCACCCAUCGCCUUUGAGAGAGACUUUCUCCUCGACGUUGGCUCCCAAACGACCAUCUCGAUGACUCCGACUGUCACGGCAAGCACAGUCGUCGUGCCCACAAUCAACACGACCACGACUACUACAACCACCUCUAUCAAGACCCUGCCGCCUUCGACUACCACGGUGCCCAGCACAACCGUCCGGAAGACCAGUACUGUCACUCCCCAGCCUGUCUGGUCUACGAAGACCAUCACUCUUGCCACCGUCACCAUCCCCAAAGUAUCCGUCGCAGUCAGCAAGGUCGUCAAAACCGUCGCCGCGUCUUGCCACGUGCCGUCACGUCAGCCAUCCCCCGAUCCAUUCUGCAAGAUUUGGCCCAGCCAGGCUUCUGCCCAGCAAAUUGUUAAAUCCGCUGCCUAUGUGGCAAACGUUCCUGCCCCCAGUCUUACCAAGGUUAGCGCCAAGUUUGGAGGCGGUCGCAACAUGUACAAUUGGCUUCAUCAUGACCGCGCCCAAUGGCUUCGCGCACGCGACGAACGCUUGGGUGAGAUUCAGGGCGUGGGCAGGCGUGCUCCGGAUGCCCAGCCCUUGACUGUCACCGAGCAGGACAGCUCCAAGUUCAUCACCGUCACUUCCACCUCCACCACCAGCGCUGUGACCAGCACUAACUUCGUCACUGCAACUGCCACCAGCACUGUCACUCCGGCCCCAGUCACCGUCAUGAGCGGCAAGACCUACUUGCCUCCGUCUACUGUUACCCUGGCCACGCCGACCAGCACCCGCACUGUCUUCACUAUCGCCAAGGUCACCACCACGAGGGUCCAGACCGUCCCCAUCACCGUCACCACCACCCUCGCACCUGCUGCUUCCAAGACUGCUUGCCAUGCGAAGGGCGGUACGUAUUACUAG